GACAUUACUUGGUACUGCUAUUUACCGUCAUUACAGUGCCAGUGUGGUUUUCAUCGUCUCCGUUGUGAGAAAUAACAGCUUUACAUCACAUUUUCAUACCAAGUUCGUGCAAAAACGUAUGCUUUUAGACUGCUUACUGGCCGCAAUACAUAUUUCAGGCAAACCGAAACGGAAUACUUGGAUAGAAUGAGAAUGACCCGAAUGUUGGCGGCUGCCUGGCUGUGUCGAACCUCGAUGGCCUUUGUUUCACGAGAAUUGGCAGGAAAAGGACAUCGCAUGGCAACUGCGACAACUCGAUUGUUUUCCGUGUCCAACGGUAUUGAAGCCGAUGUAAAAUCGGGAAUUUCUCGAAUCGCAACGUUGCAAAGCAUGCUCUCGUCCMACGGUGCCCCAGGUUCUGUGGGAUGUUCGUUGCCCGAUGAUUUGGAACCCGUUUAUGUCACCACUGACGCCGAUGCCGAAGAAACACCGGAACUUAUUGCUAAUAUCAUGGGGGCAAAUGAAUUCUCUAACCUUCACCCCCACCUUUACCCCUUGGCAAAAUCGAAAUCAACAGGAAAUUUCAUCUGUGGACUGCGACGUGCUUAUGCGGAAGAUGCUUCCUACGAAAAUUCCUCGAAGGCACCGUGGCCGAUUGUGGAAGCGGAAAUUGGAGGACCUGGGAUGAGAUUAAUCUCUCUGAACAGCGAGCAUUUGAUGAGGCGCAUCGCCUGCGAGGUAGAUUUUGGGGAUGAGCGAAAGGAACUUCUUGAACUAUACAACGAAGACCUCGGUAAGGGAUUUAUCCAAGACGAGGGUCUGGAUCGGCCCUACGAGCAGGGAUCGGUUGAAAAACUGGGGUAGGUAUUUUUCAGCUGUGAUGCCUUGAAGAUACGGAAAUCAUGUCAAUGGUGAUUGCUAUUGAUGGCGGAAAACUAGCUACGAGGUUCCAGAAUUACUAAAAUCUCAUCCCUUCAAUUAUUUUUGUUGCGCUUCUGUCUUGUCAAACCGAUUUAGAUAUGGGGUGGACAAAUUUGUCCUCCUAAGAGUCGGACCAUUCCCAGACAUCUACAGUAAAUUGGCAAUAGGUACGAACUAUUAUCAAUAACAUUCCCGACUUUCUUUCGUCAAUGAACACAGCAGCAGCCAUCGUUGCUCAACGCAAAACUAUACAUUUUCUUACUUUCUUUUUUCUGUUUUUCAGGUCAUGCCGAGAGGGGGGACGAAUCAUCCUCUCUUAUCGCUGCUGAGGCGGCCAACGGUAAAAUUUCUGGGUUCGCCUCGACAUUUUUGUUUUAUUCGUCGCUAUUGAACACAUUUCCAAAUCGUUCUGAGGAGACGAGAGAUGCUGCUCGAAUGUGUCUCCGAAUGCCUUUGUCUAGUGUCGGACUAAGCGCCAAAGAUUUCCGGGAUGUGGGAAUCUACGGGCAACUUGCAGAAGAGACUGACUCCGAUGAAGAAAUUUUCGCGAAGUUACAAAUCAUGUAUGAAAAAAUGAGAGACCACGAGAACGAAGAUCCCAGAGCAGGAAAUGCCGAUAUGACGCCCGAACAAAAGGCUCUUGAUGACGCCAACUACCUGCUUGAUAUUACAUCGUUGACUGGUUCAAAUUGGAGCGAAAUUCGUCCAAAACUCGCAGAAAUAUACAAAUCUGUAGGAAGGGACGACAUGGCUGAUUUCGUUAAUCCAUAGUGAAUGUUUAUCAUCAUCUUUACUCUCGUGUUUCAAUUUGAACUAUCUAAUAGUCUAC